AUGAGCGAGCAGCUGUUGAAUGGGGAAAUCAGUCCCGCGGUCAUAUCCGUGUUGGGAAUGGGAGGAAUGGGGAAGACCACCAUCGCCAAGAAGAACUACAACACCUAUGCAGUCAAGCGUCAUUUUCAGCGCAGGGUUUGGGUCACUGUUUCUCAGAAAUUCACGCCCACUGAACUUCUGCAGAGGAUCCUAGACUGCGUCCUGGGGACGACGACGGAGAAGGAGAUCAGGAGCUUGACAGACAUGCAGCUGGGGGAGAGGCUCAGAGCCCUCCUGGAAAAUGUGAGGUACCUUGUGGUUAUGGACGAUAUCUGGGAGAAGGGGGCUUGGGGUCUCAUAAAGUGCGACCUGUCGGCCUCCCCCGGGGACAGAGUGAUCCUCACCACCCACAUUGAGGACGUCGCCACGCAUGCGCAGGGACAAGUCCACAGACUUCCCUUGCUGAGCGAGGAGAGCUGGGAGUUGUUCUGCGCGAAGGUGCUUCCCGCCGGCGAGCGGUGCCCCCCAGAGCUGGAGAAGAUGGGGAAGGAGAUGGUGAGAAGAUGCCGCGGCAUGCCCCGGGCGGUCCUCGUUCUCGGCGGCCUGGUGAGCGAGAGAGAGAGGACGAGGUACGAGUGGGAGGCCCUCCGCCGGCGUCUUACCCAGGAACUGAGUGCAGACACGAACGAGAUGGUCAAGAACAUACAAGGUUUGAGCUAUGACGAUCUGAGCGGUGACCUGAAGAUAUGCUUCCUGUACAUGGGGCUCUUCCCCGCGGAAAUGGAGAUCGACGCCACCAAGCUGGUCCAACUGUGGGUUGCAGAGGGGUUCAUCCAGCAGGCAAACGGGCUCACCUUGGAAGAAACUGCGGAGCGGCACCUCGAGGAGCUCGCGAACAGGUCCGUUAUUCAGGUGGUGGACAGAGAUUACAUGGGCUGGGUCGACAGAUUCAGGAUCCACGAUCUUCUCCUCCAUCUCGCGAAGGAUGAAGGACGGAGGAACCAAUUCAACGACGUCCACGGGGGCUCACCUCCAGGCAGGCGUUGA